GCGGAGCCUGCCCAGACCCGCAGCCCGCGGCCACGCCGCGAGGCCCCUGGGUGAGCAGCCUGUAGACACCUGGGGUUGAGCAGUGGCGGCUGUGAAUGAGAGGCGGGCGGCACUGGCCUGAGCCGCCUUCCAGGCUGAGGAGCGUCAUGGCCAGCAUCACGCAGGCCUCCCUGGCUGCUCUCCUCCUGCUGCCUAUGGCCACCGCCAUGCACUCCGACUGCAUCUUCAAGAAGGAACAAGCCAUGUGCCUGGAGAAGAUCCAGAGGGUGAAUGACCUGAUGGGCUUGAAUGACUCCUCCCCAGGGUGCCCUGGGAUGUGGGACAACAUCACGUGUUGGAAGCCCGCCCACGUGGGUGAGAUGGUCCUCGUCAGUUGCCCCGAACUCUUCCGAAUCUUCAACCCAGACCAAGUCUGGGAGACGGAAACCAUCGGAGAGUUUGGUUUUGCAGACAGUAAAUCCUUGGAUCUCUCAGACAUGAGGGUGGUGAGCCGGAAUUGCACGGAGGAUGGAUGGUCAGAGCCAUUCCCUCAUUAUUUCGAUGCCUGUGGGUUUGAGGAGUACGAGUCUGAGACUGGGGACCAGGAUUACUACUACCUGUCGGUGAAGGCCCUGUACACAGUUGGCUACAGCACAUCCCUCGUCACCCUCACCACCGCCAUGGUCAUCCUGUGUCGUUUCCGGAAGCUGCACUGCACCCGCAACUUCAUCCACAUGAACCUCUUCGUGUCGUUUAUGCUGAGGGCCAUCUCCGUCUUCAUCAAAGACUGGAUCCUCUACGCUGAGCAGGACAGCAAUCACUGUUUUCUCUCCACUGUGGAAUGCAAGGCCGUGAUGGUUUUUUUCCACUACUGCGUCGUAUCCAACUACUUCUGGCUGUUCAUUGAGGGCCUGUAUCUCUUCACCCUGCUGGUGGAGACCUUCUUCCCUGAGAGGAGAUAUUUCUACUGGUACAUCAUCAUUGGCUGGGGGACGCCGACGGUGUGUGUGUCCGUGUGGGCUAUGCUGAGGCUCUACUUCGACGACACAGGCUGCUGGGAUAUGAAUGACAACACGGCUCUGUGGUGGGUGAUCAAAGGCCCUGUAGUUGGCUCCAUAAUGGUUAACUUUGUGCUCUUCAUCGGCAUCAUUGUCAUCCUUGUGCAGAAACUUCAGUCUCCAGACAUGGGAGGCAAUGAGUCCAGCAUCUACUUCAGCUGCGUGCAGAAAUGCUACUGCAAGCCACAGCGGGCUCAGCAGCACUCUUGCAAGAUGUCAGAACUGUCCACCAUUACUCUACGACUCGCCAGGUCCACCCUGCUGCUCAUCCCACUCUUUGGAAUCCACUACACGGUCUUUGCUUUCUCCCCGGAGAACGUCAGCAAGAGGGAGAGACUCGUGUUUGAGCUGGGGCUGGGCUCCUUCCAGGGCUUUGUGGUGGCUGUUCUCUACUGUUUUCUGAAUGGAGAGGUGCAGGCGGAGAUCAAGCGGAAGUGGCGGAGCUGGAAGGUGAACCGCUACUUCACCAUGGACUUCAAGCACCGGCACCCGUCCCUGGCCAGCAGUGGGGUGAACGGGGGCACCCAGCUCUCCAUCCUGAGCAAGAGCAGCUCCCAGAUCCGCAUGUCUGGCCUCCCGGCCGACAACCUGGCCACCUGAGCCCACCCUGCCCCCUCCUCUCCUCUGUACACAGGCUGGGGCUACGGUCGGGUGCCAGCCCACGCAUGUUGUGCCUCUUCUCUCCCUUCGGGCAGGCCCUGGGCUGGGUGCCUGGCCCCCCGAGGUGGGAGAAGGAUGUGGGGCACAGGUGGGUAUCUAGUCUCCCUGUUUUGGCGCUGGCCCCACCCACUGUGGGCCCCUGGGCCCUGACCCCAGACAUGUAAAUACUCCUUAAUUUUGGGAAAGUCAUCCCAUCCCUCCCCCUCUCCUCAGGGUCCCUGCUAACCUCAAGCAGGUCCCCAGAUCCACCCCACCCCAUCCCCACCAGCCUCAGUGAUCACCUGACCCUGCGUGGGAGGCCUCCCAUGAGCUGAGGCUGCUGACCUGGCUUUGGGGGCCUUGGGCUGGGGCCUGCCUGACAGCUCCCUCCUGCAGUGUCUGAUUCUCAGUCUGGACUCUUUGAGUCUACUUGCCACCCCGUGGCCCUUUUCAGGCCUGGUCCAGUCCCCCAGGUUACCAGAAGUCCAACUUGGGUGGCCAGACAGCUUUUUGGUGCCGGCAGACCCAUGCUUACCCAACAUCUUGGUGUCCAGCUGUCCAGAUGCCCAGCUCCUGGGCAUCAGACAGUAGGAAAGCUCCAGGGAUGUACCAUUCAGAGACUUCAGUUUGGAUGUAGCGCUAAGGCCAGAGAAAAGUUCUGGUGCUUUUCAUUUGGCCCAAGGAAAAAUUGCCAAGAUCCAGAAAAGUGGAUGUGAGUGGAAUUCUGCUGCAAAGAGCUUGGAGGGAUCUGUGAAAGAAGACAUUCCCCACCUUCAUUAUUUUACCCCGACUCCAGGUAGGCAAGGGCUCUUCUGGAAGCUUCCCUCCUCCCCUUCCUGUCCCCAGGCAUCACUUGCAGAAGUUUGAGAGACAGAUGCCUCAGAGAAUCUGCUCCCCAACCAUACCUACCACACAGAACCCCCAAGCCCUCCCCUUUCCCAUUUCCCUUGAAGUCAAGCCAUUACUAGGAUGAACCAGCCGCCUUCCUGUGAAUUCUGAAGCACCAUACACCUCCAUGUGCCCAAGUCCAGGGACUGGGGCUCCGCUUCAUGCCCGCUCACCCUCAUGGACCAUGAGGAGCCCCAGUUAGCCUCCGACUUGGGUUUAGCUACUGAAAUCUUGAGACCUCUGCAGAGACUUCCCUCUGGCCAUUGAGUCAGCAUGGACGCCAGUGUGUCCUAGGGCUUGAGGGGGAGCUGGGAAACCCCACCCACCAUGCCUGUUAGCAGAAGCUGCUGAUGGGAGGGGUGACUGCACCCUGACUCCUGUCCUGAUUGUCUAGCUGCAAGUUACCGGACCACGGCCUGAGAAUUUAAAACGGGGCAGAGCCAGGUUCGGGGAAGGUGGAGGAAAGUGCUAGAGCGCCGUGGCCUCUAUGUGGGACCCGCCUCACUUGUAUCAGCUCAUGGGGUUGCUGUCCAAGUGUUUUGUCGGCUUGUUUUGUGGUUGUGUUCUGAAAUGCUUGGAGAGUUUGGGAGGAUGGGGAAUGUUGCUUUGCUUGGUUUUAUGAAGAGGAAGGGGCCCAAGGGGCUUAGGGACCUGUUCCUCAAUGCCUGUGAAGUGACUGGGGAAGGGCUUAGUGCUUGCUUUAGAGAUGAGCCCCAUAUAAAGAGGGAGAACUGGCCUGCUUGCCCUGCCCAGGCAUACUUGGCAACUCAGGCUGGCCAUGGGGUAUGUGGCAGCCCUUCCAUCCUGCACCUGCCUCGUGACGCCCUUCCCUUUGUCUGAGUGCCUCGUGUAUUACCGGAGGGGCUGUUCUCUGGCCACCUUGCAUUUAGGGCCCUGUUGGGAGACCUGUUCCUGUCAGGUUGGAAGGAUUCACAGGCUUCAGUUCAGAGAGACAGCAUCCAUCCCAGUUGGGCUCAGGCGGCUGACAUUGUGGACGUAGCGCUCCCUGUUCUGGGCCUCAGUUUCUGCAUUUGUGGGAUGAGGUAGCUCCCAGGGCUUCUCCUGGCUCUGUGCUCCAGUAAUUCUCCGGUUCAAAGCCAAGGCGGGUAGAAGGGCACUCAUCACUGUUGUGUGUAUCGCCUAUGGUUCUGACAUGUCUGUGUUUGUGUACGUGUGGAGGGAGGGAGGAGUUCUGUAUAUUUUCUCUUUCUUAGAAAAGGGACACCUGUCCCUUCCAUUUGGACCCCACAGUGGAAGCUGGCGGCCUGGAGGGAAGGCUCAGGCCAGGGACAGUAGGGCAGGCUCCUGUGGCACUGUAUGCAGACUCCUUCGUGUCCCGGCCGGGCCAGGGUGCCACGGUUGGAUGGGCAACAGCUCCCCCCAGAUCCUAGGAGCAGUCCCUGAGUGUGGACCCUGUUUCUUCAUCCUCAUGCCCACCAGCAGGCCUGUUUCACCAUGAAGAGGAGGCUUUGAUUUUAUACAUCUAUCAUCACAAAACAGCAAAAGCAAAAUUCACCCCGAAUCCCCAUGCCAGGCUGCCACCUGAGCCCUGAGCCCACAUCCUCGUAGAGGCUCCAGGUUCCUGUUGGUUGGUUUUUCCCUCUGAACAAAUGCCUGCCAGCCUUGUGAGCAGAGGCAGUUGAUGUAUUUUGACUGCUCCAGGAGGAUAGGCAGCUGUCCUUCAGGGUCACGGCAGUGGGGGGAUAGUGUGAGGUCUGGGUAUAACCCUUCCCUCUCUGACCUUUUUUUUUUUUCUUUCAAAUUUGUAUAAUGGGCCAAAAGACUAGACAGUUUGUGUAGCCCACUGGAUCUCUGAAAUUCUUGUCGAAACACCAGCUAUCUACUGGGAAUGGCUCCAGGCAAAGACUGCGGUGUUUGCCUGGGCCUGGGACAGGUAGGGAUGAUGUUGAAGGAUGAGGGGCUGAAGGGCCUUGGGAAGGGCCAGGCUGGAGAGGAGCAGAGUUAUCCGACUCCAUGCCUCUCUAAUGGGGCUGUUUUUUUCUGUGCAAUCCUGAAGGACAGAACUUGUCCAGGGGAGGCUGUUUUCCUUGGGAUGAAGAAAUCUCUCAUCCUCAGUCAUGACUGUCCCCUCAAGGAACAGGCAGUGUCAGGAGAGAGACUCCAGCCCUGGGGGAGAUGGGUCGCCAAGUAAAGGAUGCUGAGCCUGUCAGGGAGCCUGUGAGGAGUUGGAGAGUGGGUAUAGGGGUUCAGGGCCUCUCUGGUGUUUCCCAGCAUGAUAGACUUCAUGACUCCCCACCAUGCCUAAGGCCAAGCCACUUUCUCUGUCUCUGUGGGCAGCUCUGUGACCCUACGCGACACACCCAGUGGCCCUCAGUGAUUCCAUCUCUAACCCCCACCCCUCCCUGAACCAACUUCCCUGGGGUACAGGACCAGAGAGCUGGAGCCAGGCUCAAGGCUCGAAAUACUCCCAAGUCCAUCAUCACCCACCAAGAGUGCUGACUCACCGCCUUCACCUGACACUCUCCCUUCCCAGGAGGAAAGCUUGAAGAGGCUUUCUUUGUAACUCUCUGAGUACUCUUGACCCACUCAAGGCCACCCUAGAGUCAAAGCAAGGAGUACUUCAUCAUCAUAAAUUCUUGCUUGGGGCCCAGUGACCAUGGAUGCCUGCUGGAAGAGCUCUGAGCCGGGAAUAGGGGACCUGGGCAUCUCCUGGCUCUGCCAUUGAUCUGCUGUUUGGCCUGGACUCCUUCCUCAUGUAUCUCUGGGGAGACUCACAGAGCACUAGAGCUGGGAGGAAAUUUGGCAAUCUGCAGGUCAAGCCUCCCCCUCGGGCUGCUGAGAAAACACUGACAGGUGGGCUUAACGUGGUGCCUGUGCCGUGCUGGGACCCAGGAUGCUUUACAAACCCGAGUGGGGAAAUGGGCCUGCUGAUGUGUGUGCCUGCCCUGCAUGUGAGCCAGAACAAGACACCCAAUAAAGCUUCUGACCAGAAAACAUUCAGCCUUGCGCAGGAGAGGGGCUCUGGCUAUGGAGGUUGUCAGGACUCCAGACUGCCAGAGGAGCGUGGAGUCGGUUUCAUGACGGGAGACCUGUGUUCCAGCCUGGCUUCACCACCUGCCCUGUGCUCCAAGGCUGAGCCUUUCUGGGCCUCUGCUUCUUGAUCUGAGAAACGGGAGGACCUGAUUUUCAGUCUGACCCACAGGUCAGGAGUGAGGUUCAAGUGAGAUGCCUUGCUGUGUAAAAGGGAAACUGCACAGAUGUGAGCUCUUUCUGGGGUGAAGACCUCUGAAAGGGGGACCCUAUGCUGUUUGUCAGCUGCUCUGAGCCCUCCUGGAUUAACCUUUGCCUCAUUUGUAAAACCACCA